ACUGCACAGGCGGCAAGGGCGGACAAGCGCAAGCAGCUGAGAGCCGUUGAGAGUUGGGAAUUGUAGCAUUCGAUUAGCAACGACGUCGACUACGUGGUGAAGUAUUUUAUUCGGUCUUUGCCAAAAGCAAAACAGCGCGCAAAAACUCAUCAUAAAAACCACCAACGAAAUUACAAAAUGCUCAUAAAGUAAAUUAAAUCGAAAGCAAGCAAUGGCUCAAAUCGCAAAUGUGGGCCAAGGUCUCCAUGCCACCCUAGGCCCACUGACCGCCUCGACUAUCAUCUUUUUGGGUUUGAUCUUCGCUCUAUUGUGCAUCAAGAUCUGGGGCUUCAAGCGACGGCUAACGUUUGAGAGCCGUGUCGAGACAGCACCCUCCACAGCACAGCUGACGCCACCGCCAUCUUCCCGUCAAACGCGAGGAUCACUGCAGGUAAACGGCACCGACAACGCAAUCCAUGGUAUAUUUCGUCGACGAAAUGUGGAGGAAAUCGAAAGUGUACACGCAUCAGCACACACACCACCAGUUAAAUAUAUUGCUGGCAGCGUUCCAAAUCUUCGGCUGGCAACUGAAUUGUUAUCCCAAGAUGGAUUUAUCGAAGUGACAACCGCUAAUGUAGCGUCAGAGCCCCAAAUUCAGGAACCAAAGGCCCCGCGUCGCCGGCGAAGAGAGGUGCACAGCAGUAGUUUCGAGUACUAUGCGAUGCCACCCACUCGAAAGCCACCAACACCCCCCGUGCCAGAAGCUGAUCCUCCGCCAGGACUCGACGUACCCAACUUUGAUCACUUUGCGGAAAAAUAUAAACUCUUUACCGCAAAAACCACCUCUGACGAGUUUAAUGUUCCACAGGGAGCUAACAAAGAUAUCGGCGGUUAUAUGAAGUACGAGCGAGUUGAUGAUGACCUUGUGCCAGAACCGCUCACUCCAGAAGUAGAGCCGACAGCAGUGUCUGUGUCUGCUAUAGUACAUAGUAAUUUUAAUUCUUAUCCUGAUAGGGAGGAAGAGGAACCGGCACUGCCUAAUACUGAUACAAGCCAUAAUAGCCUGCCAAUUAACAUUGAUGAUUUGGAAGAUGAACAAAUCGACUCCGCGUAUAUUGAGAACAUAUUUUCCAACAGCUCCAAUACACCGGCGGAAAGUUCUGUACAACCGGACUUAUUUUCUCAUUUGGAAAUCCCUUCAGCACUAAGCAGCAUUAACGACACUAAUUUUCAGCGUAUUAGGUCCUCAUAUGAAAUGAACGAGGCGGAUUUACUAGACAUUCAGCCAGAUUUGGAUCAACCUCCAAUGCCAGGACCGCACAGUCCGCCAGGUUUUGGAAAGACCAUCGAUGAGGAUUGGGAGAACUUUGAGAACUUGCAAGAUGUUGAAGGGCCUGACCCGAAUUGGGCGUUGCAUCCAAACACAAUUAAUACUUUGGAACAAGUGCCUUACGUGGUAGAAACCUUAAACAACGGCACGCUUACUCUUGGCAACGUACCCGAGAUAGAAAACCUCUUUGAAGAAUUGGAACUGAUUGAGCCACUGCAACAAACUGUGGAGAGUGAGCAAAGGGAAAUAAGACCACCGCCACCAUCAUAUGCUUCUUCUUCGCCAGCGCUACCAGACUACGAGUCCUUAAUGCAGGAAGAGAGCAUGAAAGCGAGCUACUCCUUGCCCAAAUAUGCGGAUGUUGUGGGUGGCAAUAAUAAUAAUACCAAAUAUAUAAGCAGUAUAGACGAUCUAUACGCAGAGAUUGGAGAAAGUAAUGUUGAGACCAACUUACAUGAUUUUGAAGAACUUUGUGAGGAACUUGAAGUGAUCACAGUUCCAAGCAUUCCACCACUACCCGCACCUCGACUUAGAAAUACGAGUAUGUUCAAUGAUCAUGGACUCUCCGGUUCAAGUAAUUCAAAUGCAGCUAUUGGGACAAUAGGGGCAAUUGCAGCGCCGAGACCUGCGAAACGGAAUGCACGCGCCCUCAAGGUUCGCUUUGACAUAGAGAACUUACAAUACUAUCAAUCUGCCGAGCUGCCAAGCUCAAGUGAGUCCGACGACCCAGAUAGCUAUAUGGUAACACCACCAACGCCGAUGCUGCGCUUGUCUGUGGGAGAUUCUAGCGAGUCCUUGGCCGAAAACAAGAAAGCGUCAAUUUUUAUAGGAUCUCAGGCGUCCCAAACUGACAGUGAUACAGAUGAGUUUGGACCUGAGCGAACAGCUAAUAGCGACCAUGCUGUACAACAGCAUUGUCUGAUGACAGAGGUACCAGAACGGGAAAUAAGGAGUGAUUUUGAAGUAGAGCGAGGAUCUGAGCUCGGUGCUGUGCCCAAACGCCAAGCGAUUAAAUUGAAACAUAGCUUACAUACUGAUACAGAGGCUUAGGCUUAGCAAUUAGGGCAAUUGGACAGAUCGACUCUUACAUAACUUAGUAAUGUCAGUAUUUUACAACACAUUCAUAGUUACAUAAAAAUGCCAUACCUUUGUAUACAUAUAUGUCUGUAUAUAGUAUAUAAAAAAUAAACAUGUAGACGUCAUGAACAA